UUCCCGCCGCCCGCGGAGGCGGAGCUGCGGCCCCAUCAUGGCGGAAGCGGAGGAGCAGCAGCUGCAGCCCGCCGCGCCGCAGAGUGGCAGCCGCAGCGACGGCGGGGAGGAGGCCGCGGAGGGCGGAGCGGCGGCGGGGGCCGCCGAACCGGGGCCACCCGCGGCCGGGUCGCCGGGCACCGAGGAGCCCGCGGGCGACGCGAAGAAGAAAAUUGACGUGCUGCUGAAGGCCGUGGGCGACACCCCCAUCAUGAAGACCAAGAAGUGGGCGGUGGAGCGGACCCGCACCAUCCAGGGCCUCGUGGACUUCAUCAAGAAAUUCCUCAAGCUGAUGGCCUCCGAGCAGCUGUUCAUAUAUGUAAACCAGUCUUUUGCUCCAUCUCCAGACCAAGAAGUUGGGACCCUCUAUGAGUGUUUUGGAAGUGAUGGCAAGCUAGUACUGCAUUAUUGCAAAACUCAGGCAUGGGGAUGAACAACAGGCAAUAGAGUUGUUCAGGUGUUCUCUUCAAAAAUGGAAAAAGGACUACUGUCUUAAACUCAACCUGUAAACACAUGGCAAGAAGGAUUUUUGCAUUUCUGCUUGUGCCUGUAUGAUGCAGGUGAAUAGCAUAAGCAAAGAGCUGCCUAGACUGUCUGAUCACGUGACUUCUUUCUGAUGUACAUCUGAGGUGCAGAAAAAACACUUGCAAUCUGUAGAGCAGAGCCAGCUAUCUUGCUGCUGACUUCUUAAUUGCUAUAUCUGAAGGGAAGCUAUUUCAGUUGUCUGGAGGACUGGCUGGUUGCCUCUGUCUGUAUGCUGUACUGAAGAUAAAAGUACCUUUUUUAUUAAAAGUGAUGUCUGUUGUACAUAUAGCCUGGG